AAAGACAAAGCACACAGCGGAAGUUGGAGGCAACAUGAAUGUCAAACUGUAGCAUGGUGGUUUUUGCGUGUGUAGGUAAGCUACAGUGAAAACAACAUGUCAGGGUGCAGUUUAUUCAGGGUGCUCCCGUUAACAAGGUGCAUCACAAGCAACGCCACCACGUUGCUGUGCAGGACGAGCAACCUAAACAGGACACAGACGUGCGGAUAUGCGAAGAAGAUUGUGUCCAAAGGGAAAGGCAAAGGCAUGAUGAAAGAAAAUCUGAAAGGUCCAGAAGUGUGUAAAGAUCCUGUCAGACUUACUACACAUGCAGUAGGAGUCAACAUCUUCAAGCAAGGAGAAGACCCCCAGCUGAAGCCCCCUGAGGAAUAUCCAGAGUGGUUGUACCAGUUGAACCUGGGAGAGGUCAAAAAGCUUAAUGAGCUGAGCUCGGACACCUGGGAAUACUGGAAGCGCCUGAGGAAGGAAAACAUUUGGCGUCACAACAGACUACAUAAGGGGAAGAAGUUUUAGGCCUUCAUUGGACUGACUGAGGGCUUCUUCCUGUACGUCAGGUUGCUUCGGACUCUGUGGACUGAAUUAUCUGACAUGGUGUAUGUUCAGUGAAACAUCAUUAGACAUGAAUCUCUUUGCCACUUCCAGCGAGUUAUUUGAAAUCAUACACAGUACUGAGUGGCUUUCUGGUGACAUUACUAUGUUUAAAAAUGGAGAAAAACAUUCACAAUGUAAUGGAUCCCAACAUACGGCCAGAGUAAGACCUCAGAAAGUCUCAACAGAAACUUUAGAAACUGAAAGUUCACUCUUGACCUUGUUGUUUAACUGUAUCACACAAUCUUCUUCAGCGGGUUGUAUUUCCCAGAGUUUAUCAUUAAACUGUAGACGAUCAUGUUUAAAAGACAUACAGCAUUUGUUUCAGGAAUACUGCAUUGAAUUCAUCUGUACAUGUGUUCAUGUUUUGGUUUUUGUCAAUGGAGAGAAAUGGCCGAUGAUAUGUCCACUAAUCACUGUUUCACUAGUUGUUGUUUUUCUCAGACUCAUUCUAAAUAAAUAUGCAAUUACCCUGCA